AUGGCAUCUCAAGAACCACUCCCAGCAGCUGCCGCACCAGACCAGGACGUCGUGGAUGACGAUGAAGCCAAAGAGGUAAGAUUCCGCUUCAAAAAUCUCUAUAUAACCCUACUGACAAUCUAUCCCAGCUUCUCCACUUCCUCAUGAUCACCCAUCCGUCGCCCACCCUCGAGAUGCGGUCCCUCCUCGCCCACCGCAAACCACCCAACAUGUCGCAGGAACGCUGGGACGACUUUGUGUACGUCGCCAAUGAUAUCCGAGAGCAGAAGCCGGAGAGCCUCUGGGAAACUCGGGUUGAGGCCCUAUCAAAGCUCCCAGACUUGUACGAGGGGGCAAAGGAGCUUAUGCGCAAGCAUAAUUAUGCGCUUGAUGGGACAUUCUUGGGCCCCGCUGGCUCUGAGCCGGUGAAGAUCGUCAAACCACCGUUCUUUGUCCCCAAGGCGGAAAGCUUUACAGGCUUUCAAAAGGAGGAGUACAAUCGCGUGUGGCGGGGGGUUGUGGAGAAGUUGUCGAACCGUGAGCGACACGCCCACCUUUUUGCUUCUCCCAAGAAGCUCGCUCAAGUUGCCGCUACGGGCUAUAUUUAUAUGGAGGUGGUUGUCGAGUUGUGUGAGAAGGAAUGGGCAGGGCAGCUGGGGUCGCGAAGACCUCAGCCGUAA